AUGCCUCCGACACUCUCGCGGAGGCGCUGGGGAUGGUACCGUGCUUGGGCAGGGGUGGCGGUGGUUGGGCUGGAGAGCAGUUGGUGGCGUUGGCUAGUAGAUUCACGACUCCAGAUUGUCCAGAUUGCCCAGAUUGUCUCCGACUCCAGACUGCAGGCGGUCCGCGCUAGUCCGCAAACCGCAUCCCCGCCCGAUCUCACCCGCAUUUUCGCCCGCAUUUUCGCCCAUUAUUGA